GUGGCACUGAAGGCUGAGGAGGGACUGGAAAGCCCCUGCACACCUGGGCAGGUGGGCUGGGGGUCCCUGCUGCAGGGUGCCAGAUGAGCUGGGGGUCCCUGCCGUGGGGUGGCUCUGGAAGCUGAGCGCAGUGGGGAUAAUUUGGAGCUGGGUGUGGGCACAGAGGGGCCGGGCUGGGGGCUGAGGAGCAGCCAGGGAGCAGGGUGGGGUGUGAGGCUGCUUUGGCAGGGCGAGGCUUCCUGCCCUGCCAAGCGUAGCGGGUGUAGCCUGUUCUCCUCGCCGUGAAUCUUGGCACGGAAAACCCCCAAUAUUGCCGGGAUCCAGCUGAGCCGCUGGCACCGCGGCUACGUGAUGCUGGCACAGUCAGCAUCCUCCCGCUGCCGCGGCGCGUCACUGGGGGCUCUGGAUCCCCCCCGCCCCUACCUGUGCCCCCCAGCCUGUCCAGGAGGUGCCACCUCCCAGUGCAGACCCCCAGGUCCCCGCGGGGUCCGGGUCCACACGCACACACCGUGUUUUCCCGGCACGAUUUCCUCCUUUGGCAUCAGUGACGGGAGCGGGGGCGGAGACGGGGGGAGCCUGGGGGAGACACGAAUGUGCGACUGCAGCAUCCUCACUGCCGUGGCUGCAUCCCUCCUGCCUCCUCACGGUUGCCUUAGCAACCUCCUAUCGAUGGGGUAUUUAUAGAGGAUGGGAAGCCGGAGGGGGGGACCGGCGAUGGGUGGGCGUCUGCUGGGUCAGCCUCCAGCUCCAGGCUGCUCUCAGCGUGCGUGGGGGCAGGAGGGAUGCUGCUCCCCUCGGCGUCAGCCUGUGCACUGCUCCAGCUUUUCCUGCUCGCUGGAGUCAGGAAUUUGCAUGUGGAAAGGAAAAUAAGCAUCUGGGGCGUCUGCCCUUCUCACCGGCACUGGUCGUGCUCGGGGGCUUGUGUGCACCUCCCUGAUUGUGGCACUGGGUGCAUUGACACAGAUACAUGGAAGAAAGUGAAAGGGUGUGAAUUAAAUUAAACAAUAUUAAAUUUGCUGCCUGAUGUGUGAUGUGGAAUAUUCUUCUUUCUGUGUCUUUGUUCUCCUGUCCAUCGGGGGGGAGAAUGCCUCUAACAACGAGGGUUUGUGUGGAAACUGUGGCGUGUUCUCUGUGCUGUGCUUUCUUUUAUCCUGGGGCUUUGGGUCUCUUUGUAAAAACUGAUGACAGCAGAAGUGCUGCUCAGAGCCUGUGGGGAAUUCAUGGAUCCAGAGGCCUCUCACAUCCCCCCUCAGGGCUCAGAGUAGUGGGAUUGGGCUGUGGGGCACUGGGGGCAGCAGAUCCCUCCCCUGUAAUCCUGGUGCUCUGCUGCUUUCCCUCACUUUUGCUUCAAACCAAGGUUUGCAAUCUGAUCUUCCCAAACUGCUGGGAAGAAGCUGCUUUCUCUCUCUGGACACAGCUCCAGGCUUACAUGCCCUCUUGCCACUUUAUGGUGUAGGAAUUUGGAAAGCACAGCAAACCUGCUGAAGGCAGGGAGGGGUGCUCCAUUUGCUGGAAGGUGGCUGUUGUGAGGUGUGCUGGUGUGCAGCAUCAGCCCUUCUGUGUGCCUGCCUUUGACGUGAAAGGAGAAUGUUUCCAGCCCUGCUGACCCUGUGAAUAGCUCUGUGCUGCCCCUGACCUCACUCCAGCAGAGCAGAUUCAAGUGCUUUUGGAAUGACUGGGUAUCUAAAGUCCUGGGCCUGAGAGAAUCAUGUGGUUUAGUUCCUGCUGUUUCUAACCAGGCUUGCUCCUUCAUCUGCAAUAAAUCCCUGUAGGAGCUGGGCAGUCCUGUCCCCUCUGUCUCCUGACAGAGUUGUGGCUUGGCCACAGCAAGUGUCACACGCAGCAGUAGUCAGCCCAGGGCAGUCUGAUCCGCAGGGCAUUGAGCACAGGGAGAAGACAAAGCAUGAAAAACAAGCAGAUAUCCUCUGCUUCUGCAGGGCUUUGUUUAAAUUCUGUGGGGUUUUGUUUAGUUUAGUUUUGCUUUUGAAGCACAAAAGGUGCUUGUCCAGCUGGAGAGCUGUUGUCCUGGCUGUGCAGGGAGCUCUGUCACUCUUGCUGCUGCCCUUAGCUUGGCCCAACCACCAGAUUGUGGGUAGGAGUUGCAGAAAUGAGAACUGGCACCUCUGUGAAGUUGCUCUAAAAUAAGAUGAUUGCUUCACCUGUAUCCAUCAAUCUCUUGUGGAAGGGAAGAGCACCAGGCUGCUCCCAGCAGAUCAUCUCGUCUGCUGGUGAGAAAUGGGGUCUAUCUUUCAUCCAGUUUUUCCCUUCUUACUUUGCUGGUCUGCAAGGGCCCUGCUUCUCCCUGGGACCUGCCCCAGCACUCUGGGAGCUGAGGGUGCCCUGAGCCCCUCCAGGCAGGUGAAGAGUGGGGAGGCAGCUGGAAUCCUUGGCUCUCUGCAGAGGCACUGCUCGGCUGGGUGGGAUCUGUAGUGGGUCCACCACUCAGCACCAUGCUUUCUGCAUGAAUCUGAUCUGGGUGAUGGAGGUUUGGGCUUUGAAACUGGGCUGGCAAUUCAAGCUGUCAGUGACUCUCCUGUUUUCUCCCCUGCAGGUAGGCAGGAGCCCCCUUGGCCGAGUGAGGCAGCAUGGCAAGUAAGUGCUCCCCAGGAGAGGUGGCGGUGGUGUUGGAGCAGAGAAGGGGGAUGUUUCACAGCCACAUCUCAAGAAAGGGGUGCCUGUGCAUUUUGGGGGGUGUUAUCCUCUGUGGGGGAGCAGCUGCCAUCAGCUGUUGGCCCUGGGUGAGGUCUGAGGUCCGGCCUGACUCGUUCUUCUCUCUCCCCUCUGCAAGGUGGGAGUCGAGAGGAGGUGCUGGAGGUGGGACCUCCCCGGGACUCCCCGGAGGCUGCAGCAUUUCUGUCUCUGUGUGGUGCUUGCUGUGCAGGACAGGCCUCCCCAGGGCUCUCUGGGCUGCCUGUCUGUGCUGACAUCUCUCACCAACAGUGCUCCUCAAGCUGGCACCCUGCCAGUGCCCAUCCUGGUGGCCACACUGCCCUGUGUGGCCAGUGGCACCAGGGCUCUGUGCCCCACCCUGAGCUCGCUGUGGCACACCCAGAGCAGGGCUGGGCCAGCACUAAAGAUGGGCUGAGCCUGCUGAGGCUGCAGAGGGGUGUGUGGUCUGUCCAGAGCUGGGCUCCAGCCUCCCUCCCCGCUCUCCUGGGCAGCCUGUACGGGGGCUGUGUGUCCCAUGUGAUGGCAGCAUAAGGAGGAUGGCUGCAGUGAAGGGGGAGAUGGAGAGAUCUGCCUGGGAUCUCAGGAUUUGCUCAGAGUGUCACCAGAGCCAGCUGUGAAGGUGGAGGCAGUAGCCACGCUGGGGAGGAGGAGGACCCCAGGGAUGACAGUGGCCAGCUCAGCAUGGCAAAGCAGGGAAGGGGUCCAGUGACUGGAAAACCCUGACAGUGAGAUCUGCAGCCAAGCUUGUUGCUCUGAGAUGUGCUGAGGAAGUUGAAAUCCGAGUCUCAGGCUCAAGUGCCAAGGAGGGGAGAGUUUAUACCACGGCCUGAUCAAGUGUUCUUGGGGGCCAGGAACGCCCACUCGCUCCUGAAACGCUUUCCCAGAGCCAAUGGCUUCCUGGAGGAGAUCCGGCAGGGCACCAUCGAGCGGGAGUGCAUGGAGGAGGUCUGCAGCUACGAGGAGGUCAAGGAGGUGUUUGAGAACAAGGAGAAGACGAUGGAGUUUUGGAAAGGCUACAGCAGCUCUGUGUACUCUGUCAAGGACCCCGGGCACAGCACGGAGCGCUCUGACGCUAUGUACGUGGUGGUGCCCCUCUUGGGAGUGGCUCUCCUCAUAGUCAUCGCCCUCUUCAUCAUCUGGAGGUGCCAGCUGCAGAAGGCCACCCGCCACCGCCCUUCCUACGCGCAGAGCCGAUACCUGGCCAGCCGGACGGGCCGCAGCCUCCCCAGGGUCAUGGUGUACCGGGAGCGCUCGCAGAGCCAAGGGGAGACCCAGUGCCAGCGGGAGGCCAGCGGCAGGGGAAACGGGGAUGGCAGGGCCGGGGGCACCCCCCAGCCAGACAGCACCCUGUGCCCGCCUGAGCAUUCCGUCUCCGUGCUCUCCAGACUGUCCAGUGCCACCCCCCCGCCCUCCUACGAGGAGGUGACGGGCCACCCCGAGAGCAGCAGCGGCGAGGAGACCAGCGUCUCCUACAACGAGCCUCCGCCCAAGUACGAGGAGAUCGUGGCCACCGCCCCUGCCGCGGGCAAAUAGCGGCUCUGCCUCCCUCCUGCCUCUUCACACACUCACCCACCCACCGCCCUCCUUUCGCCGUGCCUGGGACCCCCGCAGGCGUCCGUCAGGCCCCCAUCUCACCUGUACGAUCUGGUGCCAUCACACAAUAGCCUUACCCUCCUAACCAAAAAUAGCUGUUCCCCGGUGGGGUGAGGCAGGGCUGUGGGAUGGCUCUGCAGCCAGCCAGCCACCUCCUGCCCCUCGCUCCCACUCACGUAAGUGCUGUAGCAGCCAGAGCAGGGCAGCAGCUUGUUCCUGGCUCAAUGCAGGGGUCUUCCCGUGGUGCAUUUGAUUUCCUCACUUGGCCCUCAAACAGACAUAACAUUUCCCAUGAUUAGAGCAGCCUUGCUGCCUCCCUGGGCUGCUGCUCAGCCUCACCCCAUGUCCUCACUGGGCCCUGUUCUACUGCUCAGGGCUCUGAUUAGGUGAUGGAGAUGCAGGAUGGGUGUGACAAAUUUUUGUCCAUCCCUGCAGCUGGUGGGGCCAGCUCUGUGGGGAGAUGGUGCUUCCCCCAGGUGGAUUUGUUGCCCAGUGGGAGUGGGGAGCCUGCUCCACACUGUGGUGCCUGUAGUGAUAUUUUCUGUGUGGAAAUCAGGGAGGAGCAGUCAGGAAGGUGCUCUCUGAUCACCUAGAUCCCUUUAGAAAGGGAGAAAGGGCUCGUGUGGUGGUCUGGUACUUGAGGUAAGUGACUUUGGAGUGGCAGGGCCUUUUCCUGGUGCUCUCUGCUUUCCCCCUGUGGGUGCUGAGCAGCAGGAGGUCUGGCUGCUGCAGAAGUGGCCAAGGGGAUUGUCUCUGACUCCCAGCCAAAUGUGGUCUCAUGGCUUUAAGUGAUGGGGAUUCAACUCUCUUCUGGAGCGUGGCCUGUCUGGUGUCUGCCCCAGAGCUGAGAGCCUGCAGACAGGCCAAACCUCUCCUGUCCCUGCCCCAAACCUCUCUGCCCUGCCUGGCCCCUCUCUUUGGGGCUCUUUGUCCUCCAGAGCAGCUAAAGUGGAAUGUGAGACCCCACUCUCCUCCUGACCUCUCGGGUGGGCUGAGUGUUUGGUGUCCAGGGCUGUGGCAUGGAAGUCCUGCUGACCCAGGUGGGAGCCACAGGACAGUCAGGAGCAGGGCCAAGCCCUGCCUGGGUGGUUGUGUUGCCAAGGCAGGGCAGAGCCAGGUGCUUUGCUGUAGGAUCAGUGUCCCCUUUCCCUGGGCAGCUGCCUGGAGGGUCCAGGCAACGUGGCUGUCCUUCCCCAAUCAUGUCUGAUGGAUUAACACAAGGGUUGUUCUCCAAGCCCUCAGCAGCAGCCCAGAAACUCCCAGCACUGCCACCACCUGGUGUUCCCCCAGCACCAGUGUCCACCAGCACCAAAAGGCUAUUGUCCAUCCAUCAGUGGCCUGCAUCCCGCCCGGCCCAGCGAUGCUCACAGCUGCUGCCCUCAGCCCAGAGCUGAGGCUCCCCAGCCUGGCUGCUCCUGGGCAGGACAUGCUGGCACCUCCUCUGUCCCCUCCCCUGCCUUUGCAGGUUUUGGGAGACCUGACAGCGACCAGGGGAACACCGGAGGGAGACACAAGGGUGCUCUGCAUCCUCUGUCUUUGAUGCUCGGUCAUUGUCCCUGCAGUUUGUAUUCUGUAAAACUUGGUAUAUUUCUGUGCAAAAAGAAAAAGAAAAAAAAAAAAAGGUAUUUAUUAAAAAACCCUC